AUGGGGCUGGAGGCAGCACGCGAGCUGGAGUGCGCGGCGCUGGGCGCGCUGCUGCGGGAGCCGCGGGAGGCCGAGCGCACGCUGCUGCUCGACUGCCGCCCCUUCCUGGCCUUCUGCCGCCGCCACGUGCGCGCCGCGCGGCCCGUGCCCUGGAACGCUCUGCUGCGGCGCCGCGUGCGCGGCCCGCCCGCCGCCGCCCUCGCCUGCCUGCUGCCCGACCGGGCGCUGCGGGCGCGCCUGGCCCGCGGGGAGCUGGCGCGCGCCGUGGUGCUGGACGAGGGCAGCGCCUCCGUGGCCGAGCUGCGGCCCGACGGCCCGGCCCACGUCCUGCUCGCCGCCCUGCUGCACGAGACCCGCAGCGGGCCGACCGCCGUGUGCUUCCUGCGAGGAGGCUUCGACGGCUUCCAGGCCUGUUGUCCCGACCUGUGCACGGAGGCCCCCGCUCCAGCGCUGUCACCUGCAGGGCCCGAAAGCAGCAGCUCCGAUCCCAGGGUCGCCUUCUAUGACCAGGGUGGCCCUGUGGAGAUCUUGCCCUACCUCUUCCUGGGCAGCUGCAGCCACUCCUCCGACCUGCAGGGGCUGCAGGCCUGCGGCAUCACAGCUGUCCUCAACGUCUCCGCCAGCUGCCCCAACCAUUUCGAGGGGCUUUUCUGCUACAAGAGCAUCCCCGUGGAGGACAACCAGAUGGUGGAGAUCAGUGCCUGGUUCCAGGAGGCCAUCGGCUUCAUCGACUCGGUGAAGAACAGCGGAGGCCGGGUGCUGGUGCACUGCCAGGCGGGCAUCUCUCGCUCGGCCACCAUCUGCCUGGCCUACCUGAUUCAGAGCCGCCGCGUGCGGCUGGAUGAGGCCUUUGCCUUCGUCAAACAGCGCCGGGGAGUCAUCUCCCCCAACUUCGGGUUCAUGGGGCAGCUGCUGCAGUUUGAGACUCAGGUGCUGUGUCACUGAGGUGCGCCGCCUGCACCCCUGCCGACCCUCGCUGAUUCCUGGGGCAAGCUGACCCUGACCGUGGACGAGCGGGUCACCUCCGGCCUCCUGGGAGUCGGAAGAGGCCUUCUGACCUGGUGCUCUUCUGCCGGGAGCAUGAGGGCGGUGUCCCCGCCACCCCCACCCCUCGUUCAGAGGAGGAGCGUGGAGGGUGUGUUCUCGCCUCCACCCUCUGGCAGAUACGAACUGGACGCUACAGCCCUGGACUUGGGUCCCACCACCGAGCCGAAGCCUGAGCGCUCCAAGCACAAGCUGUGAUAACCAGGACCCCCGUGUAGGGGCCUGGAGCCCGGGUCCUGAGUGCGGGGGGGCCUCGGCUGGGGAUGUGUGUCGAGUGUGUAUGUGUGUGUGUGUGUGUGUGUGUGUGUGUGUGGGCAUUGUCGCCAAGGCGGCACUGGAAAGUUAUGGGUGUUCAGCUGGCAUUUAGCACCUCCUCCCCACUUCCUCCCAGCCCUGUGGGCGGGGGUUGGAAGCGUAGCACUUUAUAUUUAUACGGAACAUUGAGGACGUGUGAAUAAAAUAUUGGUUUGUUUACAAA